CCCGGCGGCCCGGCCCCAAGGCGCUGCGGCCGCGCCGCGCGGCCCUGCCUGCGCGCGCCAUGAACACCAUCGUCUUCAACAAGCUCAGCGGCGCCGUGCUUUUUGAGGACCGCGGGGCUCCGGAGCGGGAGCGGGGCGGCAGGCCCUACGGCGGCGUCCUGGACAGUACGCACGCUCGCCCCGAGGUGGGCAUUACGGACGGCGCGCCCCUCAAGGACAACCUGGGCCUGAGACACCGGAGGACCGGGGCCCGGCAGAAUGGCGGGAAGGUGAGGCACAAGCGGCAGGCCCUGCAGGACAUGGCGCGGCCCCUCAAGCAGUGGCUGUACAAGCACCGCGACAAUCCGUACCCCACCAAGACGGAGAAGAUUCUCCUGGCGCUCGGCUCGCAGAUGACGCUAGUGCAGGUGUCAAAUUGGUUUGCUAAUGCAAGACGUCGGCUUAAGAAUACCGUUCGACAGCCAGAUUUAAGCUGGGCCUUAAGAAUAAAGUUGUACAAUAAGUAUGUUCAAGGAAACGCUGAGCGGCUGAGUGUAAGCAGUGAUGACUCAUGUUCUGAAGAUGGAGAAAAUCCUCCACGAAACCACAUGAAUGAAGAAGGCUAUAAUAAUCCAGUUCACCAUCCUGUGAUUAAAAGUGAGAGCUCAGUCAUAAAAGCUGGAGUGAGGCCCGAGUCACGGGCCAAUGAGGACUACGUAUCGCCCCCAAAAUACAAGAGCAGCUUGUUGAAUCGUUACCUUAACGACUCUUUGAGACACGUCAUGGUCACAAAUGCUGCCAUGAUGGGGAAGACAAGGCAGAGAAACCAUUCAGGAUCUUUUAGUUCCAAUGAAUUUGAGGAGGAAUUGGUAUCUCCCUCAUCGUCAGAAACCGAAGGCAAUUUCGUCUACCGCACCGACACUCUGGAAAACAGAUCCAAUAAGGGUGACAGUGCAGCUAAUAGAAAGGGACCGAGCAAGGACGACACGUACUGGAAGGAGAUCAAUGCAGCCAUGGCCUUAACAAAUCUCGCACAGGGAAAAGACAAGCUGCAGGGGACCACCAGCUGUAUUAUCCAGAAGUCGUCCCACAUUGCAGAAGUGAAGACAGUCAAAGUGCCCCUGGUUCAGCAGUUUUAAGAGUUUGUCACUUUUCAGAUCGAUGGCUGUUCUUCGCAUCAGUGUUUUUUCAUAAACCCUCAUCCUAGGAGCUGGAGCAGGAGUGAAAAUGACUCCUUUUCAAACCUCUUCUUAUUUUUAAUUGCCCUAAAUAUAUCAUUUAGUUGCUUCUAUAAAAGACGUAUAAAUUAUAAGACCUCACUUUAAUCAAAAAUAUUAACUUAUUUUAUGUUACUCCAAGUAUGCAUAAAAUGUCUGCAUUGCUAUUACAGUAAGUGCCUUGCUUUCCCGAAAAUAAGCUGCAACGUGGGCAUAGUAGAGCAGCUGUGCCUCAAAAUGACAACACCACAAUGCUCAUUAGACUGUGGGUGCCAUUCCAGAUGGACCUACCCACGCCAGGACUGAAACCGUAAUUGCUGAAAGCCCUUGAAAUGUAUCCACUAAUUCACAUGUUAAAACCUGGAAAUCUGUUCAGCCCAAAUGAAAUGUUCCUUUAAAAAAAAAAAUUCUGAAGUAUUUAAAAUUGUUCAGUGUGCUUUGCAGAGGCACAGUGAGAAUCUUACGCAUGUAUCUUGCCUGCAUGUCUGGUUGGUUACAAAGUUCCAAAAUAAAAGGUUCGGGGAUCACAUAAUGUGUACAUUCAAGAAAAAUGGCAAUGAAUGUGAUCAGAAAAAAAGUUUGUAAGCACUGCUGGAAACCACCACAAUGCUCUUCAGAAUUGAUUUGGAUUUUCUUUUUCUCAAGUUUUGCCGAAGUUUUCAAAAAGUUUAUUAUCUAAAUAACUUGAAAUG